AUGUCAUUGUUAUUUGCAGGAGCUCUUCAAGAAAGAAAUCAAGAUGCAACUAUUUAUGUUGGAGGAUUAGAUGAAAAGGUAAAUGAAGCAAUUUUAUGGGAGUUAUUUGUUCAAGCAGGUCCUGUUAUUUCAGUAAACAUGCCAAAAGACAGAGUUACUAAUAAUCACCAAGGUUUCGGUUUUGUUGAAUUUUUAAGUGAAGAAGAUGCUGACUAUGCUAUAAAAAUUAUGAAUAUGAUAAAAUUAUAUGGAAAACCAAUAAAAGUUAACAAAGCUUCACAAAGUGAAAAGACUAUGGAUAUUGGAGCUAAUUUGUUUGUUGGUAAUUUAGAUUCUUCAAUUGAUGAGAAAUUACUAUAUGAUACAUUUUCUGCUUUUGGAGGAAUACUACAAGUUCCUAAGAUAAUGAGAGAUGUAGAAACAGGAAAUAGUAAAGGCUUUGCUUUUAUCAGUUAUGAUUCAUUUGAAGCAGCUGAUCUAGCAAUCGAAUCAAUGAAUGGGCAACAUUUGGCUAAUAGGCAAAUACAAGUUUCGUAUGCAUUUAAAAAAGAUUCUAAGGGAGAAAGACAUGGAUCAGCUGCUGAGAGACUAUUAGCAUCAAAGAAUCCUAUUACAAAAGCAACAAAACCACAUCAACAAUUUGCUGAAGGUCCUAACCAAAGUGUCCCACAAAUACAUCCACAAAUUAUUCCAACAGGAGUUCAACCAACAAUGGGAUUUUACAACUACUACGGUGUAGCAGGGCAGUCGGCGUUGAUACCACCUAUGGCACCGAGGUUUGGAGCUCAAUGGAAUAUGGCAAUUCCUCAACCACCCCAUUUAGCUGGUAUGAUACCACCACCACCACAAACAUUAAAUGCUAGUAUUAUUCCACCUCCUGUUGUUGCAGCUGGAUUGAUACCACCGCCUCCACCUACUCUUGGAUCAACAAUGAUACCACCACCACCACCUUUUAUGACUUCUGAGAUGCCUCCACCACCACCAAUAUAA